AAAAUUCCGCAUUUUUUUAUUCCAAAUGUUCAAUAGAAAGAAUUUGAUUUUUGUAUACAAUUAAUUUCAUUGAGAUGUUCUUUGCAGAAAUCCCUCGACUCAAUUUUUCUAAAUUUUUUAUUGUUUUUUGUUCUUUUUUCUUAAAUAGAAUGCGUUUUAUUAUACCCUCAGAUCCCCUAAGGGCAAUGAGAAAUUUCCCAUCGAUUAAAUUACUGAAACAUUACAGUCGUACUUGUGUAGAGUUGUCUUAACUGGAGUUUUAUCCAGUUCAUUCACUUGUUUUCAUGAGAGAAGAAUAAAAACAAUUUUUUUCUCUUAAUUCAUGUCGACAUAAAAAAAAAGAAAUAAAACUGCGGAUCUUUUCAAUAAAAUCAGAAGAAUUAAUAGAAUUUCCUAAAUGAUUCGUUAUAGGUUUUUUAAUUUAGAAAUUUUUGAGUUAAAUUUUCCAAUUAAAUCUUCCACAAUAAAUAUCCGUCAACAUUUCUUUAAACCCCUCUGCAAAAUAAUCUAAAAACCUGUUUCAUUAAAAAACUAGUGGCCUUACGGCAAAGAAUCCCAAGCUACUAAAAAAUUCUUGACAUUAUUAAUCCCGUCCUGAGCCAAACGUUAUCUCCGAAUUUUUAUUUUCGCCACCUCGUCCCUGAAUUCUUUCCUCGUCUGUUCAUUCACUAUCAGUCUGAGAGAAUUUUUUUUCGAGAUAAUUACACUCGCGCGGUUGUUCAUUGAAGUCAGGGAGUGGAACGCCGCGGUAUUAUUAUUUACACCGGCGUUUUGAGACGCAAUUCUCCCCUCCAAGAGCCCUCACAACAAUUUCAAUUGAUUUUCUACCACAAAAUUCUCAUUAAAAUUCCUGAAAAAUCCUCGGAAUGACUAAAAUUAUCCAAAAAGUAUAUAAAUACAUUUUCGGAGGUAUUUUUUAGCUCUUUACCUUGAAAUAACACCCAAAUCCAGUUGUUCUGCCGCAUCCUCUUCAUCAGCAAGCUCUGCGAAACGCCAAAACACUCGAAAAAUCGAUGAAAAAAAUUAGCACAGACACUUCAAAAACACUCUGACCCCCGGGUUAAUUAAUUAAAUUCAUAAAUUAAUUACUCCGGACUCAAUAAUGAAAAAUUAAUCAUCGAAAUCACCGGGUCAACACUGGGGUCAAUCCCUCUGACCUUGAACCCCCUCCACCCUCGCCCAAACGAUCGAAAUCCCGCGAUUUUUUCACAUUAACCCACGCAAAUUCAUUCUCCAUCGACCCACAACACUUUAUCACACUUCACUCAACUGUUUUUCGACAAUUAAUUAUCGAAAUUGACGCUUUAACACUCAGUCGAAGGCCUCUAACCUUGAAAUCGACCCCUCGCCCCCCAAAACGCUCAGAUUCUAACGGAUUUUUGAUGUUCUCGUGAAAAAACUCAUUGCUCACUGACCCCCAAUAUUUCUCAGCACUUCACUCACCACUUUUCGCGUAAUUUCGUCGUUUAAACGUCCACCCGGCGUCUGUUGUUGUCUGGCGCACGUGAAACCGCCAUUUUCCCCCUCUCUCGACUCCUCUUAUUGCCUACUUCACCCUCUGACCUUGAACCCCCACCCUCCCUCGCUAAAACAAUCGAAAUCCCGCGAUUUUUUCACAUUAACCCACGCAAAUUCAUUCUCCAUCGACCCACAACACUUUAUCACACUUCACUCAACUGUUUUUCGACAAUUAAUUAUUGAAAUUGACGUUUUAACACUGGGUCGAAGGCCUCUAACCUUCCCCCUCGCCCCCCAAAACGCUCAGAUUCCAACGGAUUUUUGAUGUUUUCGUGAAAAAACUCAUUGCUCACUGACCCCCAAUAUUUCUCAGCACUUCACUCACCACUUUUCCCGUAAUUUCGUCGUUUAAACCUCCACCCGGCGUCUGUUGUUGUCUGACGCACGUGAAACCGCCAUUUUCCCCCUCUCUCGACUCCUCUUAUUGCCUACUUCACCCUCUGACCUUGAACCCCCUCCCUCCCUCGCCAAAACGAUCGAAAUCCCGCGAUUUUUUCACAUUAACCCACGCAAAUUCAUUCUCCAUCGACCCACAACACUUUAUCACACUGCACUCAACUGUUUUUCGACAAUUAAUUAUCGAAAUUGACGUUUUAACACUGGGUCGAAGGCCUCUAACCUUGAAAUCGACCCCUCGCCCCCCAAAACGCUCAGAUUCUAACGGAUUUUUGAUGUUCUCGUGAAAAAACUCAUUGCUCACUGACCCCCAAUAUUUCUCACCAUUUCACUCACCACUUUUCCCGUAAUUUCGUCGUUUAAACCUCCACCCGGCGUCUGUUGUUGUCUGACGCACGUGAAACCGCCAUUUUCCCCCUCUCUCGACUCCUCUUAUUGCCUACUUCACCCUCUGACCUUGAACCCCCUCCCUCCCUCGCCAAAACGAUCGAAAUCCCGCGAUUUUUUCACAUUAACCCACGCAAAUUCAUUCUCCAUCGACCCACAACACUUUAUCACACUGCACUCAACUGUUUUUCGACAAUUAAUUAUCGAAAUUGACGUUUUAACACUGAGUCGAAGGCCUCUAACCUUGAAAUCGACCCCUCGCCCCCCAAAACGCUCAGAUUCUAACGGAUUUUUGAUGUUCUCGUGAAAAAACUCAUUGCUCACUGACCCCCAAUAUUUCUCGCCAUUUCACUCACCACUUUUCGCGUAAUUUCGUCGUUUAAACGUCCACCCGGCGUCUGUUGUUGUCUGGCGCACGUGAAACCGCCAUUUUCCCCCUCUCUCGACUCCUCUUAUUGCCUACUUCACCCUCUGACCUUGAACCCCCUCCCUGCCUCGCCAAAACGAUCGAAAUCCCGCGAUUUUUUCACAUUAACCCACGCAAAUUCAUUCUCCAUCGACCCACAACACUUUAUCACACUUCACUCAACUGUUUUUCGACAAUUAAUUAUCGAAAUUGACGUUUUAACACUGAGUCGAAGGCCUCUAACCUUGAAAUCGACCCCUCGCCCCCCAAAACGCUCAGAUUCUAACGGAUUUUUGAUGUUCUCGUGAAAAAACUCAUUGCUCACUGGCCCCCAAUAUUUCUCACCACUUCACUCACCACUUUUCGCGUAAUUUCGUCGUUUAAACCUCCACCCGGCGUCUGUUGUUGUCUGACGCACGUGAAACCGCCAUUUUCCCCCUCUCUCGACUCCUCUUCUUGUCUCUUCCCCCUCCAUUUCUCUUCUCGACCCGCUUCCCACAGGGAAAAUCGCGUCUGAUGUCACGCUUGUUUGUCAGCGGAGAUAAGCAUUGACAUCACGAUAAGAGGAACUCGCAGUUGUAGCGACCUGGGACACGAUGGCUAUUGCCAGGAUCAAGAGUUUCCUUGACAAUGGCUUGAAGAGUGUGGCGGCUCCCAUGGACCGGACGGCCAAUCUCGAGCCGGAGAUCGGAAUUAAAAUUGUACAUUCGCCCGGUGAUAAGGAGCUCAGGGUCACCGUUGUUGGGGCCAGACACUUGCCGCAGAACUUUGGCUUCACCAGGGUCAACAGUUACAUUGUCAGGAUAAAACUCUUCCCUGGAAAAGAUAAAUUCGAGACCACGACGAAGAAUGAAUCAUGGCCCCAGUGGAACGAGGAAUUUGUGUUUCCCCUCCGCAAAGAGACGAAAGUUCGAUUUGGAAAAUCAAAAGUCACCGAGGAACAGAUCGACGGAUCGAAGCUGAUAAUAGCGACUCUCUACGCCAUUCUAGAGGACAAGCCCCUGUUGGCGUCUGAGAAGAAGGAGGCGGACAAGGAGAAUGCGAAGAAGAGUCAGGACAAGGACUUGAGGAAGAAGGAUGGCUCAACUUCGGGGGCAUCCGGUUCCCAGGAGGCCAAGUCCAAUAAAUUGCUGAGCCAAUUCUUCAACAAGAGCCAGGACAAGGAGGAGAAGGCAGCUCCGGAGAGGAGGAGGAUAGACCAGAGGAGGACUGUGGGGGCCACUACGAUUCCUCUGGACCCCAAGAAUUUUGGCACCAAACCAGCCAGGCCUAAACACCCCAAUGAUGUGUCCACUGGAGAACUCUGGAAACCAUUGAGACCUAUUGCCAGCGGAAUCUCGGGAGCUGAAGACAGGAGAGAAAAUAAGAAGGGACAAGUGGAGCUGAUCCUCAUCCAAGAGAAAAGCGACAAGAAGGACGUGAGCGAAGGGAAACUCGUCCUCAGUUUGUCUCGACUGAGGUGCUCCCUCCAGACAAUGCACGAGCAGGAGUCGAUGAAGGGACAAUUGUACAUAAAAAUGUCGGUGGUGGAGGGAGGACGGGUCACUCACUUCUGGAAGAGUGAUCGGUUCAAUCCCACGGUCUCCAUGAAGUUUGCACAGGAUCAGGCCCAAGUCAUUGCUGAUAAUCCUUACGAGGGGGCUCUCAAGGACGUCAGCUUUGUUGUUAAAUUUGUAUCGAAGAAUAAAAUGGGAAAAAAAACAACUAUUGGACAUUUUGUCAUCGGUCCAGACGUGGGUGGACAGUACAGUGAUCAGUGGAAACAGGCGAUGUCGAAGCCUGGACAGGCGAUAACCAAGUGGCAGGCCUUUGAGUGAUUGAACUAAGAAUUCGAUUAAACACUUGAAUUGAGGUGUCGUGAACACUGUUUGUAAAUAGACGUCGUAAAGCAACCGUCCUUGAGGUUCUCUUAUCCGAGAAUAUUCAGUAUUUCUUUGAUAAGCACGAUUAUACAGUCCAGUGAUGAUUCAGUAGUGAAGAAGUCAAAAAUGUCGAGCUAUUUUGGAAAUAUUUACGAAAUCAUCUGGAAAUUUGCGCUCAAUUCAAAAGAGUUUUAGAAAGUAAAAUAAUCCCCAAAUUACGUCACUGAUUAAAAAAAAAUUAAUUUACUGAGACAUUUUUUUGUGAUCAAUAAAAAAAUGAUGCUGUCGAUUUUGAAAAUAUUUCGAGAACUAGUGGGUGUAGGAAAAAAUGUCUGAGAACCUUUUUUGUAGCCCAUUAAAUUUUCUACAAAAAGUGUUUUCUCAUAUUUCUCGAUAAAACCACUAUUUUUGGAAAUAUUUACAAAAUAAGCAAAACUGUUUUGCACUAGUUGUGAAAAAUUCAACGACUUCACUAUCGCUGACAGAACAAAAUUAAUUUUAUUGAGAUAUUUUUCUUUUGAAAUAGUAUUAUUCAGUAAUGUUUUCUACUCAUCAAACUCCAUCCCCUCUUUCUAGUUGAAAAAUCGUCUCACUUCGGUUGUGAAUAAGAAAGAAAUAAUUUAUCUAAUGUAAUAUCUCUUAAGCGUGUGGAAUAACUUCGAGAUUGAUUAAUGCCACUUAAGAUUGACCGUAUUUAAUUACCCACGUGACGAUCCCAUGAAUCAGACAGGGGCAUCACGAGUGGGUGGGUCACUUCUGGAAUUGGAGGCAAAUUCCUCGCUCAAAUCACACCAAGAGGAUGAAAAUUUAAUUAACAUCCAAGUGCCAUUAACAGUAAUUAAUAAAAAUUGAGGUUUCAUUGAGAGAUCCAUCACUCUGUACUAGUAUUACUCGUCAAAUGUAUUUUUAUUCUCAUGUUUUUACAGUAAAAAAUCAUUUGCACGUA